UAUCCCUCUGUAUAGCCUUCAAAUAGGAUGGGUGAAUUAGUUUACGGUGCUGCCCCCCUGGGCAUUACACCGACGAAGGGGGCGCGUCCGUUUGCGCAAGGGACCUCCGCUGACGGGACAGAGCAUAGCAGCCUUUGGAUGUUGCUCUCCGACUGCUGUUGACCGGGGAAGUCAUCUUCCAUUUCAUCUGGGGCCACUGCUUCUACCCCAGAUGUGACCGAGCUAAUGUGAAGUUAAAGAGCAGCGAGAUGGCAGGAUAAAGCCGCGUCAGUGUGCAUUUACGCACGUCCGACAGCCUGGAGCGCAGGAUUUCAUCCUGCACCGUUUCUGGGACAGCUCUCGCAGUCUGCUCCUCUCAGUACCUGAACGGCUGAUGAAAGGGGGGCCACACUAUGGCUUCUGCUCCACCCGAGGCAAGGAAGUUUACCCGGGGGCUCAACAAACCGGGCACCGCCGCAGAGCUGAGGCAGAGCGUCUCGGAGGCUGUCAGGACAUCAGUGUUGAUGGUGAAGCCGAAGAUCAUAGAGCCUCUGGACUAUGAGAAUGUGAUCCUACAGAGGAAGACCCAGAUCAUCAGUGAUGUCCUGCGGGACAUGCUGCAGUUCCCCACGGAUGACUUCCUGAUCUCCACCCUGAGGCGCCAGGGCCGGACUCUGUUCUCCACCGUGCCAGAGACCGCUGAGAAAGAAGCUCACUCACUGUUUGUCCAAGAGUGUAUCAAAACCUACAAGUCCGACUGGCAUGUGGUCAAUUACAAGUAUGAGGAAUAUUCUGGAGACUUCCGCCAGCUCCCAAAUAAGGUGUUGAGACCCGAGAAACUGGCAGCUCACCUGUUUGAGGUGGAUGAAGAUGUGGAAAAACAUGAGGACACAGCCUCCCUCGGAUCGCAGAAGGGAGGAGUGUCUAAACAUGGCUGGCUGUACAAAGGCAACAUGAACAGCGCAAUCAGUGUUACCAUGCGGUCCUUCAAGAGGAGGUACUUCCAUCUGGCCCAGCUGGGAGAUGGAUCCUACAACCUCAACUUCUACAAGGAUGAGAACACCUCCAAGGAGCCCAAAGGAACCAUCUUCCUUGACUCAUGCAUGGGUGUUGUUCAGAACAGCAAAGUGCGUCGCUUUGCCUUUGAGCUGAAGAUGCAGGAUAAGAGCACGUUCCUCCUGGCUGCAGACAGCGAAGCGGAGAUGGAGGAGUGGAUCGGCAUGCUGAACAAGAUUCUCCACAGCAGCUUUGAACAGGCCAUGCAGGAGAAGAGGAACGGAGACCUGCACGAUGAUGAGGAGCAUGGAAAAACAGACCUUUGCUCCGGAAAUUUUCAAGACAGCUUUCAGACUGCCAGAGAUAUUGAGUCCAAAAUGAGGAGUGAAGCUCGCCUGAAACUGUUCACUCUGGACCCUGACACUCAGAAACUGGAUUUCUCUGGCAUUGAGCCUGAUGUGCGGCAGUUUGAAGAAAAGUUUGGGAAGAGAGUCCUGGUCAGCUGUCAUGACCUGUCUUUCAACCUGCAGGGCUGUGUUGCAGAGAAUGAAGAGGGACCAACAACUAAUGUGGAGCCUUUCUAUGUGGUCCUGUCCCUGUUCGACGUCCAGAACAGCAGAAAGAUCUCCGCUGACUUCCACGUGGAUCUCAACCACCCGUUGGUCCGACAAAUGACAAGCUCUUGUAGCAGACAAGACUUGCACAUCAAUGGCAGUGGUGAUGAUGCCCUUUCUGGCCACAGGCAGGCCAGUGGGCUCCCAGAGGGGGCUCUCCAGUACCCCAGACAGGGCAUCUUCUCAGUCACAUGCCCCCAUCCGGAGAUCUUCCUGGUGGCCAGGAUCGAGAAGGUCUUGCAGGGUGGGAUCACCCACUGCACUGAGCCCUACAUGAAGAGCUCAGACUCUGCCAAGAUGGCUCAAAAGGUGCUGAAGAAUGCGAAAACAGCCUGCAGCAGACUGGGACAGUACAGGAUGCCGUUUGCUUGGGCUGCAAGGCCUGUGUUCAAAGAUGCAUCAGGAACUUUGGACAAAGGCGCUCGCUUCUCAGCUCUUUACAGACAGGACAGCAGCAAGCUGUCAGAUGAGGACAUGUUCAAACUGCUUACUGACUUCAGAAAACCAGAGAAAAUGGCCAAACUUCCUGUGCUCUUGGGGAACUUAGAUGUGACUAUUGACAGUGUGGCUCCGGAUGUAACCAAUUGUGUCACUUCCUCCUACAUCCCUGUGAAGAACAUUGAAGGCAACGGGCCUGGCAGCACCCUGCUGGAGGUGGAAGAGUUUGUGCCCUGCAUCGCUAAGUGCUCCCAGCCAUUCACUAUCUAUAAAAACCACCUCUACGUGUACCCAAAACACCUCAAAUAUGACGGACAGAAAUCUUUUGCUAAGGCGAGGAAUAUUGCUGUUUGCAUUGAAUUCAAGGACUCUGAUGAGGAUGAUGCCCCGCCACUGAAGUGCAUCUAUGGCCGUCCAGGAGGCCCUCUGUUCACGAAACAGGCAUAUGCUGCAGUCCUGCACCACCAGCAGAACCCUGAGUUUUAUGAUGAGAUAAAGAUAGAGCUGCCUACUCAGCUGCACGAGAAGCAUCACCUUCUCUUCACCUUCUAUCAUGUUAGCUGUGACAGCAACAGCAAGAAGAAAGACCUGGUGGAGACUCCAGUGGGUUCAGCGUGGCUGCCUCUGCUGCGGGAUGGCAGGGUCAUCAUGAAUGAACAGCAGCUGUCUGUGGCUGCCAAUCUGCCUGCUGGGUACCUCAGCUCCCAGGAUGGCGUCAACAAGCACUCUGGCUCAGAGAUCAAAUGGGUGGAUGGAGGAAAAAGCCUGUUCAAAGUCUCAACUCAUCUUGUUUCCACAGUUUACACUCAGGAUCAGCACUUGCACAACUUCUUCCACCACUGUCAAAGCAUGAAAAUGUCAGAACAAGCAUCAGAAGGGGAGCUGGUUAAAUACCUGAAGAGUCUCCAUGCGAUGGAGGGUCAUGUGAUGGUCAACUUUCUGCCGACCAUCCUCCACCAGCUGUUCUGCGUCCUAACCAGAGCCACACAUGAGGAUGUGGCUGUCAAUGUGACCAGGGUGAUGGUUCACAUUGUAGCACAGUGCCAUGAAGAAGGCCUUGAACAUUACUUGAGAUCUUAUGUCAAGUUUGUGUUUAAGCCAGAGCCUUAUUCCUCCAACGAUGUAAAAACGGUUCAUGAGGAGCUCGCUAAAGCCAUGACAGCCAUUCUCAAGCCAUCCACAGAUUUCCUAACUAGCAACAAGCUGCUGAAGCACUCAUGGUACUUCUUUGAAGCUCUGGUGAAAUCAAUGGCUCAUUAUCUCAUAGAGUACAACAAAGUCAAGCUCUCCCGAAACCAGCGUUUUUCUGCAUCGUUCUACCAUGCAGUGGAGACACUGGUGAAUAUGCUGAUGCCACACAUCACCCAGAAAUACAAGGACAACCUGGAUGCAGCUCGCAAUGCCAACCACAGCCUGGCAGUUUUCAUCAAGCGCUGCUUCACCUUCAUGGACAGAGGCUUCGUAUUCAAACAGAUCAACAACUAUAUGAACUGCUUUGUACCCGGAGACCCCAAGACUUUGUAUGAGUUCAAGUUUGAGUUUCUGCGGGUUGUUUGCAACCAUGAGCACUACGUCCCUCUUAAUCUGCCCAUGCCUUUUGGAAAAGGCAGAAUUCAAAGGUUUCAAGAUCUGCAGCUGGACUAUUCCCUGACUGAUGACUUCUGUCGAAACCACUUCCUGGUGGGGCUGCUGAUGAGGGAGGUGGGAGGGGCUCUCCAGGAGUUUCGAGAGAUUCGUCAGAUCGCCGUCCAGGUGCUCAAGGGGAUGAUGAUCAAACACACGUUUGAUGACCGCUAUGCUGCGAAAAGCCAGCAGGCCAGACUUGCCACCCUUUACCUCCCUCUGUUUGGUCUGCUCCAAGAGAAUGUCCACAGACUUGACAUAAAGGACUCUGCCCUCCUCAGCAACCACAGUAACCCCAGGGAGGACUCCCUGGUGACCAGCUCAAUGGUGACUCCUCAGAAACCUGGCAGCUGCAUAGAAAAUGCUCUUCACAAAGAUGUGUUUGGGGUGAUCUCUGGAACAGCCUCCCCUCACAGCUCCACCCCCAACGUCAGCUCAGUUCACCAUGCAGACUCCAGAGGCUCUCUGGUCUCCACCGACUCUGGAAACAGCCUCCUGGACAAGAGCAGCGACAAGACCAACUCCCUGGAGAAGGAGAGAUUUACCAGGAGGCACUCAGUCAAUGUGCCCCCUCUCCCACUGGACCCUGAGGACCGACUUCCAGCUGUGAACCGUGCAACUAAGCGGGUCACCAUGGACUUCUCCCUCCUCUCUGUGCCCCUGCCUGAUCGGCUGCAGGACAGUGACAGUGAUAAUGACAAACAAGCUGCAGGCCAUAGGGUGGACGGAAAUCAUGAGGAAAACAUACCUCUACAAAACCAGUGUGCGUCAGCCCUUGGCAGCACUGUGCUGCGCUGUGACAAACUGGACCAGGACGAGGUCAAAAAUCUCCUCAUGUGCUUUCUGCACAUCCUCAAGAGCAUGUCAGAGGAGGCCCUUUUUACAUACUGGAACAAAGCAGCUCCCUCAGAACUAAUGGACUUCUUCACAUUAAUUGAAGUCUGCCUUCAUCAGUUCAGAUACAUGGGGAAGAGAUUCAUCGUCAGGAGCCAGGAGGGUGCAGGGCCUGUCGCUGCAGACAGGAAGUCUCUGACUCUGCCUGUGUCUCGUAACAGGGCGGGGAUCCUGCAUGCCCGCCUUCAGCAGCUGGGAAGUCUGGAGAACGCUCACACCUUUAACAACAUGUAUUCUCAUACGGACGCAGACGUGAACAGCCAAUGCCUGCUGGAGGCCAAUGUGUCGACAGAGGUCUGUCUGACUGUGCUGGACACGCUCAGCAUCUUCAUCAUGGGCUUUAAGACUCAGCUGAAUGCCGAUCUGGGUCACAACCCCCUGAUGAAGAAGGUUUUCCAGGUCCAUCUGUGUUUCCUGCAGAUCCCUCAGUCUGAAGCCGCCCUCAAACAGGUCUUCACCUCACUCAGGACUUUCAUCUACAAGUUCCCCUGUACCUUCUUUGACGGCCGGGCCGACAUGUGCGCCUCUCUAUGCUAUGAAAUCCUCAAGUGCUGUAACUCCAAGCUGAGCUCUAUACGCAGCGAUGCCGCCCAUCUUCUCUACUUCCUCAUGAAAAGCAACUUUGACUAUACCGGACGCAAGUCUUUUGUACGAACACACCUGCAGGUGGUCAUUGCUGUCAGUCAGCUGAUUGCUGAUGUCAUUGGCAUUGGGGGUACCCGUUUCCAGCAGUCUCUCUCCAUCAUUAACAACUGUGCCAACAGUGACAAGAACAUCAAGCACACAGCAUUUCCAUCAGACGUGAAGGACCUGACAAAGCGCAUCAGGACGGUGCUGAUGGCCACAGAGCAGAUGAAGGAGCACGAGAACGACCCGGAGAUGCUAGUGGACCUCCAGUACAGCUUGGCCAAGUCCUACACCAGCACACCUGAGCUCCGCAAGACUUGGCUGGACAGCAUGGCGCGUAUCCACAACAAGAACGGAGAUCUUUCUGAGGCGGCCAUGUGUUAUGUGCAUGUUGCUGCCUUGGUAGCUGAGUACUUAUGGAGGAAAGGCAUGUUCAGGCAGGGCUGCUCGGCUUUCCGCGUCAUCACUCCCAACAUCGACGAGGAGGCAGCCAUGAUGGAGGACGUAGGGAUGCAGGAUGUUCACUUCAGUGAGGAGGUGCUGAUGGAGCUGUUGGAGGAGUGUGCUGAUGGCCUCUGGAAGGCGGAGCGUUAUGAGCUCAUCGCUGAUGUCUACAGGCUCAUCAUCCCCAUCUACGAGCAGCGCAGAGACUUUGAGAAACUGACACAUCUGUAUGAUACCCUCCACCGUGCCUACACUAAAGUGAUGGAGGUGAUGCAUACUGGCAAAAGGCUACUGGGCACGUACUUCAGAGUGGCUUUCUUUGGACAGGCUGCGGGCUUCUUUGAGGAUGAAGAUGGAAAGGAAUACAUUUACAAGGAGCCAAAGUUCACUCCGCUGUCAGAGAUUUCCCAAAGGCUCCUGAAGCUCUACUCUGACAAGUUUGGCCAGGAGAAUGUGAAGAUCAUUCAGGACUCCGGCAGGGUCAACCCUAAGGACCUGGACAACAAGUAUGCCUACAUCCAGGUGACCCACGUCACACCCUACUUGGAUGACAAAGAGCUGGAGGACCGGAAGACCGACUUUGAGAAGAGCCACAACAUCCGGCGCUUUGUGUUUGAGACACCGUUCACAGUGUCGGGCAAGAAGCAAGGAGGGGUGGAGGAGCAGUGUAAACGGCGGACCAUUCUCACCACUACCCACUGUUUCCCGUAUGUGAAGAAGCGUAUAGCAGUUAUGUACCAGCACCAGACUGACCUGAGCCCUAUCGAGGUGGCCAUAGAUGAGAUGAGUGCCAAGGUGUCCGAGCUGAGACUCCUGUGCUCUGCCACUGAGGUGGAUAUGAUUCGUCUGCAGCUCAAACUGCAAGGCAGCAUCAGUGUUCAGGUAAAUGCUGGUCCUCUCGCUUACGCCAGAGCCUUCCUCGACGACACCAGUGCCAAGAAAUUUCCUGACAACAAGGUCAAACAGCUCAAAGAGGUGUUCAGGCAGUUUGUGGAUGCCUGCGGUCAGGCGCUGGGAGUGAACGAGCAGCUGAUCAAAGAGGACCAGCAGGAGUAUCAUGAUGAGAUGAAGGCCAACUAUAAGGACCUGACCAGGGAGCUGUCAAACAUCAUGCAUGAACAGAUAAACCCAGUGGAGGACGGCACAAGGAGCACUCUGUCCGACUCUAUGGGCAUCUUCAACGCCAUCAGUGGCACACCAACCAGUGCCAACCCACACGGCUCCACCACCAUACUCUGAUAUGGUUGUUUCAUAGCAGACUCAUGGCUUAUUCACCACUGAUGACUGAUUAAACUACCUGCAAGUCAAGAGGAAAGUAUGAAGAACCUGAACACAAGCUGAAGCCAUCAUCCACUGCUAUGUCUGUACACAUCAUGAGCUGGAAAAUGCCAUGUUCACUCCCUGUUUUCAGUCGACUCAUUGUUCUUGUUUCCUAUGGAGACUCCAGUCAAUACUUUUGACUUUCAGACUUUUCAGAGCAGUGAUUCUAUACACUUAUUUCCACCUUUGGGUCAUUUAUCCUUUUAUAUAGUUUUUGUUUUAUUCAGGUAAAGCAUAUGUUCUGACACAGCAAAGUGUGUAACCAAUACUGUGACUGACUCCAAGAUGUUAUCUUAAUUGUCCUGGUGUCUUGAGCUCCACCCAAUGGAUGUUGUAACAAACAUGAAAGACUUAAGUAUUUGAAUAUGACCCAAGUCUACACCUUAUCUGUUUUUUAAAGUGUAGAGCUCCCAUUUGCAUACAAUGUUUAUAAGAGAGUACUUCAAGAAAGUUUUUAAUGCAAACAGAUACAUGAAUGCCACUGCUGUAACCGUACAUUGAGUCUUCUGGCGAUGCACAAUAUUUUUACAUUACCCUUUUCUAUUCUUUUCAAUGGAGGGCUUCUUACAGCAGCGGCUUCAGAACCUAUCUCUUAUCUUACCUUGGACAUUUGAAAGAAUCAUUUGCUCUAUUUUAGCCCAAUAGAUUUGUAUAGAAAGUGUCUAAAGCCAAGUGAACCAUAAUGUUAAAGCCUAUUUUCUGGAAAGAAAAGUGCGUGCGAUAUUUUCUAUUGUACCAAGGCAACCUACUGCACAGAAAACCACUCUUGCCAAAGACAAUAGAAAAAGACUGUGCAAUGCAAGACAAGGGUGGGACUAUUUGUAAUCCACCCACUUUAUUUCUUUGUCAUGUGUAUGCCUUUUAUUAUCUGUGAGGUGAAAUUUAAAAAGUUUUACUUAAUUACUGCUCAUGUAAAUAUGUUUAAGACAUAUAAAUAAUAAAAUGUGUAAUAA